UGACCCUUCGCUCGCGUGCUACACAUCCGGGCCUCUGCUACUUACUAGUGAGAGGAAGAUGGCGGCCGCGGCUGUUGUGGUUCCCGCAGAGUGGAUAAAGAACUGGGAGAAAUCAGGGAGAGGCGAAUUUUUGCAUUUAUGUCGGAUCCUCAGUGAAAAUAAAAGCCAUGAUAGUUCGACAUACAGAGAUUUCCAGCAAGCUCUCUAUGAAUUGUCAUACCAUGUAAUUAAAGGAAAUCUAAAGCAUGAACAGGCAUCUAAUGUUCUUAAUGAAAUUAGUGAAUUUCGUGAGGAUAUGCCCUCCAUUCUUGCUGAUGUAUUCUGCAUAUUAGAUAUUGAAACAAAUUGUUUAGAAGAAAAAAGCAAGAGAGACUAUUUUACACAGUUGGUAUUAGCAUGUUUGUAUUUAGUUUCAGACACAGUCCUGAAGGAACGCCUGGAUCCAGAAACACUGGAAUCAUUAGGGCUUAUCAAACAAUCACAGCAAUUCAAUCAAAAGUCAGUUAAAAUCAAGACAAAACUCUUUUAUAAGCAGCAGAAAUUCAAUUUGUUAAGAGAAGAGAAUGAAGGUUAUGCCAAGCUGAUUGCUGAACUGGGGCAAGAUUUAUCUGGAAGCAUUACUAGUGAUUUAAUCUUAGAAAAUAUCAAAUCUUUAAUAGGAUGCUUUAAUCUGGAUCCCAAUAGAGUUUUGGAUGUCAUUUUAGAAGUGUUUGAAUGCAGGCCAGAACACGAUGACUUCUUUAUAUCUUUGUUAGAAUCUUACAUGAGUAUGUGUGAACCGCAAACACUGUGUCAUAUUCUUGGGUUCAAAUUCAAGUUUUACCAGGAACCAAAUGGCGAGACACCAUCAUCUUUAUACAGAGUUGCAGCCGUACUUCUACAAUUUAAUCUUAUUGAUUUAGAUGAUCUUUAUGUACAUCUUCUUCCGGCUGAUAAUUGCAUUAUGGAUGAACACAAACGAGAAAUUGCGGAAGCUAAGCAAAUUGUUAGAAAACUUACUAUGGUUGUGUUGUCUUCUGAAAAAAUGGAUGAUCGAGAGAAAGAAAAGGAGAAAGAAGAGGAGAAAGUAGAGAAGCCACCUGAUAACCAAAAACUUGGCUUGUUGGAAGCCUUAUUAAAGAUCGGUGACUGGCAACAUGCACAGAACAUUAUGGAUCAGAUGCCUCCAUACUAUGCAGCUUCACAUAAGCUAAUAGCACUUGCUAUUUGCAAGCUCAUUCACAUAACUAUUGAACCUCUCUACCGAAGAGUUGGUGUUCCUAAAGGUGCUAAGGGCUCACCUGUUAAUGCUUUGCAAAACAAGAGGGCACCAAAACAAGCUGAGAGUUUUGAAGAUUUGAGGAGAGACGUGUUCAAUAUGUUCUGUUACCUUGGUCCCCACCUUUCUCAUGAUCCCAUUUUAUUCGCAAAAGUGGUGCGCAUAGGCAAGUCAUUUAUGAAGGAGUUUCAGUCUGAUGGAAGCAAACAAGAAGAUAAAGAAAAAACGGAAGUUAUCCUUAGCUGUUUGCUUAGCAUUACUGACCAGGUACUACUUCCAUCUCUUUCUUUGAUGGACUGCAAUGCUUGUAUGUCUGAGGAACUAUGGGGAAUGUUUAAAACAUUUCCAUAUCAGCAUAGAUACCGUCUGUAUGGCCAGUGGAAGAAUGAAACUUAUAACAGUCAUCCACUUUUAGUAAAAGUUAAAGCUCAAACAAUAGACAGAGCCAAAUAUAUCAUGAAGCGCCUAACCAAGGAAAAUGUGAAGCCUUCUGGAAGACAAAUUGGGAAGCUGAGCCACAGCAAUCCAACCAUUUUGUUUGAUUAUGUAUGUUUUGAGAUCUUGUCACAAAUACAGAAGUAUGAUAACUUAAUAACACCUGUAGUAGAUUCAUUGAAAUACCUCACUUCAUUGAAUUAUGAUGUUUUGGCCUAUUGUAUCAUUGAAGCUUUAGCUAAUCCAGAAAAGGAAAGAAUGAAACAUGAUGACACAACCAUCUCAAGCUGGCUUCAGAGUCUGGCUAGUUUCUGUGGUGCAGUUUUUCGUAAAUAUCCAAUUGAUCUUGCCGGUCUUCUUCAGUAUGUUGCCAAUCAGCUAAAGGCGGGUAAAAGGUUAUCUAAAGAAGAGGACAUAAGGUAUUGGCUAUCCUUAGAGGACAAAAGUUUUGACUUGCUUAUAUUGAAAGAAGUGGUGCAAAAAAUGGCAGGAAUAGAAAUUACAGAGGAAAUGACAAUGGAGCAACUAGAGGCCAUGACUGGUGGAGAGCAGCUAAAAGCUGAGGGUGGUUAUUUUGGUCAGAUCAGAAACACUAAAAAAUCCUCUCAGAGAUUAAAGGAUGCUCUGUUGGACCAUGAUCUUGCCCUUCCUCUCUGUCUCCUUAUGGCUCAGCAGAGGAAUGGAGUAAUCUUUCAGGAAGGUGGAGAGAAACAUUUGAAACUUGUGGGAAAGCUCUAUGACCAGUGUCAUGAUACCCUGGUGCAGUUCGGCGGGUUUUUAGCAUCUAAUCUGAGCACAGAAGAUUAUAUAAAGCGAGUGCCUUCAAUUGAUGUACUCUGUAAUGAAUUUCAUACACCCCAUGAUGCAGCAUUUUUCCUGUCUAGGCCAAUGUAUGCCCAUCAUAUUUCGUCAAAGUAUGAUGAGCUUAAAAAAUCAGAAAAGGGAAGUAAACAGCAACAUAAAGUUCAUAAGUACAUAACAUCAUGUGAGAUGGUGAUGGCGCCUGUCCAUGAAGCAGUGGUCUCCUUACAUGUUGCCAAAGUCUGGGAUGACAUCAGCCCUCAAUUCUAUGCCACGUUCUGGUCAUUGACAAUGUAUGACCUUGCAGUUCCACACACCAGCUAUGAACGAGAAGUCAAUAAACUUAAAGUCCAGAUGAAAGCAAUUGAUGACAAUCAAGAAAUGCCCCCAAAUAAAAAGAAAAAAGAGAAGGAGCGCUGUACUGCUCUUCAGGACAAGCUUCUUGAAGAAGAAAAGAAACAGAUGGAACAUGUACAGAGAGUUCUACAGAGAUUGAAACUGGAAAAGGACAACUGGCUUUUAGCAAAAUCUACCAAAAAUGAGACCAUCACAAAAUUUCUACAGCUGUGUAUAUUUCCUCGAUGUAUUUUUUCAGCAAUUGAUGCUGUUUACUGUGCUCGUUUUGUUGAAUUGGUACAUCAACAGAAAACUCCAAAUUUUUCCACACUUCUUUGCUAUGAUCGAGUUUUCUCUGACAUAAUUUACACGGUUGCAAGCUGUACAGAAAAUGAAGCCAGUCGAUACGGGAGGUUUCUUUGCUGCAUGUUAGAGACUGUGACCAGGUGGCAUAGCGAUAGAGCCACAUAUGAAAAGGAAUGUGGAAACUAUCCAGGAUUCCUUACCAUAUUACGGGCAACUGGAUUUGAUGGUGGAAAUAAGGCUGAUCAAUUAGACUAUGAAAAUUUUCGACAUGUUGUACAUAAAUGGCAUUAUAAACUAACCAAGGCAUCGGUACAUUGCCUUGAAACAGGUGAAUAUACUCACAUCCGGAAUAUCUUGAUUGUGCUAACAAAAAUACUUCCUUGGUACCCAAAAGUUUUGAAUCUGGGUCAAGCUUUGGAAAGAAGAGUACACAAAAUCUGCCAAGAAGAAAAAGAGAAGAGGCCAGAUCUAUAUGCAUUGGCUAUGGGCUACUCUGGGCAGUUGAAAAGUAGAAAGUCAUACAUGAUACCUGAAAAUGAGUUUCAUCACAAAGACCCCCCUCCGAGGAAUGCAGUUGCCAGUGUGCAAAAUGGGCCUGGUGGUGGGCCUUCUUCAUCAUCAAUAGGAAGUACAUCUAAAUCGGAUGAAAGCAGUACUGAGGAGACUGAUAAAUCAAGGGAGAGAUCUCAGUGUGGUGUGAAAGCUGUUAAUAAAGCUUCUAGUACCACACCUAAAGGGAAUUCAAGCAAUGGAAAUAGUGGCUCUAACAGCAACAAAGCUGUUAAAGAAAAUGACAAAGAAAAAGGGAAAGAGAAGGAAAAAGAGAAAAAAGAAAAGACUCCAGCUACUACUCCAGAGGCCAGGGUACUUGGUAAAGAUGGUAAAGAAAAACCAAAGGAGGAGCGGCCAAAUAAAGAUGAAAAAGCAAGAGAAACCAAGGAAAGAACGCCAAAGUCUGACAAAGAAAAAGAAAAAUUCAAGAAGGAAGAAAAAGUUAAAGAUGAGAAAUUCAAGACCACUGUCCCCAAUGCAGAAUCAAAAUCAAGUCAAGAAAGGGAAAGAGAGAAGGAGCCAUCCAGAGAGAGAGAUAUAGCAAAGGAAAUGAAAUCAAAGGAAAAUGUUAAAGGAGGAGAAAAAACGCCAGUAUCUGGGUCCUUGAAGUCACCUGUUCCCCGAUCAGAUAUUCCAGAGCCUGAAAGGGAACAAAAACGCCGCAAAAUUGAUACUCACCCUUCUCCAUCGCAUUCCUCCACAGUAAAGGACAGUCUCAUCGAACUCAAGGAAUCUUCAGCAAAGCUCUACAUUAAUCAUACUCCUCCACCACUGUCCAAGAGUAAGGAGAGAGAAAUGGACAAGAAAGAUUUGGACAAGUCAAGGGAAAGAUCCAGAGAGAGAGAGAAAAAAGAUGAAAAGGACAGGAAAGAGCGGAAAAGGGAUCACUCAAACAAUGACCGUGAAGUGCCACCGGACUUAACCAAGAGACGUAAAGAAGAGAAUGGAACAAUGGGGGUUUCAAAACAUAAAAGUGAAAGUCCAUGUGAAUCUCCUUAUCCAAAUGAAAAAGAUAAGGAAAAAAAUAAGUCAAAAUCUUCAGGCAAAGAAAAAGGCAGUGAUUCAUUUAAAUCUGAGAAGAUGGAUAAAAUCUCCUCCGGUGGCAAAAAGGAGUCCAGGCAUGAUAAAGAAAAGAUAGAAAAGAAAGAGAAACGGGACAGUUCAGGAGGAAAGGAAGAGAAGAAACAUCAUAAGUCCUCGGACAAGCACAGAUAAUGAAGACUUUCAAUCAAGGCUAUGGACAGACCCCCCCCUAAGCUGAAAGUCUCCCAGAGGAGGAUGCCAAAGCUCCGUGCGUCACUCUCAGAACGAUAUCUCCCAUAAUUAAGAGCUUCUGGUGCUGUCCAUUUAAUGGGAAUCUGCUUUAAGUCAGAAGAUGAAUACACACCACCAUCCUCUUGACGAGACAUUCCAAAGUCACUGAUUUUCAGAACAUUAUUUUCACCUCCAGGCAGUUUCUUGCAGCAAGGUCCCUGUGUGUACAAUUUCUACUUGAGAUACAUCAUCCAGAAGCAGCAUCUAAUGAAAAUUUCACUAACUGAAUUUUAGUUCAUUCUUCUUUCUCAGAAAGGAGAGGAAAUCGCCUCCUGGAACCAGUUCCUUAAAUUAUGUAGAUAGGCCGUCUUUGUGUGCGAACUCCUAUACAGUUGACAAUAUUGGGAGGAUAAUAUUGCUUGAGGAUUUUGGCUUCUAGUAAACAUUUUAAUUUCACUUCCUGGGAAGGAUGUUCUUUACAUGUUUUAACAGCAACAGCAAUUUUCCCUUUAAUGUUCCCUUAAAUGUGUCACCAAAAUUUCCCUUGCCAAUUAAUUCUUCUAAUGUGACAUCUUCAUGAUUGAGAACCCAUUUCUUAUUCUCCUAGUUAUGGCCAUACUGUGAUAAUGAUGCUCUUAAUUGGAACAUUGACUUUUUUUUUUGUAAUUUAAACAAUAUAGAUGAAUUUCAUGUAACAUCAAAUUUGCCUUUUUUUGUUUUUUUGAAACAGUCUUGUUCUUGUCGCCAAGGCUGGAGUGCAGUGGCGUGAUCUUGGCUCACUGCAGCCUCCGCCUCUUGGGUUCAAGCAAUUCUCCUGUCUCAACCUCCUAAGUAGAUGGGAUUACAGGCUUGCACCACCACACCUGGCUAAUUUUUGUAUUUUUAAUAGAGAUGGGGUUUCACCAUGUUGGCCAGGAUGGUCUCGAUCUCCUGGCCUCAUAAUCCACCUGCCUCAGCCUCCCAAAGUGCUGGGAUUACAGGUGUGAGCCACUGCACCUGGCCUCAGAUUUGCCAUUUUAAAGUGUACUAUUCAGUGGUUUUUAGUAUAUCCACUGUGUUGUGCAAGGAUCACUGCUGUCUGUAUCCAGAACGUUUCUAUUACCCUAAAAAGAAACUCUAUGCCUAUGAGCAGUCACUCCCAAUUCUUCCUUACCCCAGCCCCUGGAAAUCAAUAAUGUGCUUUCUGUCGUUAUGAUUUUGCCUGUUUUGGCCACUUCAUUUAAAUGGAAUCAUGCAAUAAUCUGUGGCCUUUGUGUUUGGCUUUCACUUAGCAUCAUGUUCUCAAGGUUCAUCCAUGUCAUAGCAUGUAUCAGUACUCCAUUCCUUUUUAUUGCUAAAUGAUGUUUCAUUGUAUGAAUGUUUAUCACUUUUUAUUUAUCCAUUCAUCAAUUAAUGGACAGGAACAAUGGCUUUUAAUUAUUGUUAAGUUCAUCAUGUAUCCACAGUUACUGAUAAUGUCAAGAUUAUACAUGGUGUGAACAGAAUGCUGUGUAGAAAUGAUAUGUAAAUUAUUUGUCAGCAUUUCAUGUGUGAUGAUUUUCUAAGGACCCUUCUAGCCCUGGUUUUAAGAAAUAUGUGAAUGUAGUAUUUUCAUCAAUAAAGUUUAAUGCAUUAAGCAUUAGUUUAAAAUUUGAAGGCAGAUGUGAAGAUAUUUGCCACAUGUUGUAAUAAUCAUGUUUUGAAGUUAUUUCAAUAUGAAAUAUUUGAAAAAUGUCAAUACAUAAAGGAAAGGAAAUGAUUAUAAUUGAGUCAAUAUAUUUUUAAAGCAAUUUUUAUAAUUUAGCAGACAUUGCAUCUUAAUAUAAGUUACUAUUAAAAUUGUGUCCUUGUGAAAAAUGUGAUGUCAUUUUUCUUUUUUUGUUGAUCAUGUAAAAUAGGUACUUUUCUUUGCUGUAUUUUCUGUUUACUUUUGAUAAGCUAUUGCUUGCCUCUGUGGAAUGUUUUACUUGUUGUUCCAUUUUUUUCUCCCUACCCCCACUUCUCCAACAUGCACACAGUGUUCAAUUUUUUUUAAGUCAUCAUUAGUGUGCUUAUCUUUAAUUGUUUCUAAGAAUGGACAAUGAGAAACACAAAUAUUUUCUCCUUUACUGGGGACUCAAGUCUUUGUUACUGAUGCAACCCAUUAACUUUUCUUUCUUUAUUAAAUGUUCCUCCUCCUUACCUUUUCCUCUUCCUUCCUUCUCCCUUUCUUCCUUUUUUAUCCCCUCCCUCCCUCCUCCUUUCAUUGUCCUUCCCUCCUUCCUUCUCCCUUCCUUUUCUACUACCUCCUUUGACCAACCCUCUCUCCCCUACUCCCUCCUUUCCUUCCUUCUUUCUUCUCUAUCAAUAUAAUCACUUUGUUUCUUUCAGGUGAGAUUGGAGUGUUCAGCUGUGACCAGAAAUUUAUUUUCCUGAGUAAAUUGCCAAGAAUUAAGAAUGAAGAGGGCCAUUUGCAUCUCCUUAAAUUAUUCAGUUAUCUGCUUUAUUGCUCCAUGUGGAAAACUUAAAAUUAAGUUGUGCAUUUCUGUAUUUUCACCUGUUGUUCAGUUUCUACAUGUUUAUUUUCAGUAAUGGCUGAAAGUGUUAAUUGUUCCAUAUUUUUAGCACAAUGUGCUGCAUACAGUUUCCAACAAACAAAUAAGGUUACCUGUGUACAGAGUUUUACCUUAGAUGAACUAAAUACUGCCUGGGUUCAGCUUUUAUUUCCAUUCUGAAAUGCUUCCACUUUAUUGUUUGAAACUGAAAAUAAACAAUUAUUGAACCAUUUUGACCUCAUUUAAAAACUCAGUUUUAAUUUAUUAUUUGGCUUAUUCUUUAGUCACUAAAAACAGUGGGAGCAUUGUCUUAUGAAAUGCUUAGGAAUCAUUUUAUAUAGUACAUGUACAACAUUAAAACCUGUUUAAAAAAGAAAAAGGUACCAGCACUCACUUGUCCCUUGCCAUUUUUUCUUGUAAUUAUGUUAGACAAAUCUUGGGGCGGGGGGAUCAAAAGAUAAUUGUUUUAAUUCUACAGCUAUAGGAGCUUUGUAUUGCUGAACUUUGGUCUGGCAAAGUUUCACAGUGACAUUUUUAAAAGAGAAUUUUUUUAUCUACUGAAUUCUACCAGUGUAACCUUUUUUCUAAAUAAACAAUAGUUUUCUCAAA